GGCGAGGCAGAGGCGGGCACUUUGGAACCUGGCGCGGGUUGCCUCGCUCCUGCUCCCGCUGCUCCUGCUGCACUUUGUUCGGCUUGGCGGCGGCUCUACUCCUUCGUCCCAGCUUCUCCGGGACCCUCUCCGUGCCUCAGGUGGCCCUGCUGCCGGGGGUGGUCGCCUAGUCGCCUCUACUGUCGGGGCGUCUCUUUGCAUCCCUUCUUUCUCCGAGCGAGGGGCGCUUUUGGAAGGAAAAGGAGGCAGAGAAGCCCAGAGGGAGUUGAGGUCAGAAUGAAUGGGCAUAUUUCAAACCCACAUCCCAGUGCGUAUGGAAGCUACUCUUCUCAAAUAAACGGAUAUGGGUCACCAACAUUUUCUCAAGGCGACAGGGACCAGAGUUCGAAGACAAGCGCAAAAGCUUUGUAUGAGCAAAGGAAGAAUUAUGCACGUGACAGUAUCAGCAGCAUAUCUGAGACGUCACAGUACCAUGUGGAGCACUUGACUACUUUUGUUCUGGAUCGAAAAGAAGCCAUGAUCACAGUCGAUGACGGCAUAAGGAAGCUGAAACUGCUGGAUGCCAAAGGCAAGGUGUGGACGCAAGAUAUGAUUCUCCAAGUGGAUGACAAAGCUGUCAGCCUGGUAGACUUGGAAUCAAAGAAUGAACUGGAGAACUUCCCUCUGAGCACAAUCCAGCACUGCCAAGCUGUGAUGAACUCAUGCAGCUAUGACUCCAUCCUUGCCUUAGUGUGCAAAGAGCCAUCCCAGAGCAAAGCAGAUCUUCAUCUUUUCCAGUGUGAUGAAGUUAAGGCAAACUUUGUCCAUGAAGAUAUUGAUAGUGCAAUCAGCGAUAGCAAAGGAGGGAAGCCAAAGAGGAGACUUGACACACUCAGGAUGAUUUCUAAAGCUGACAGCGCCAUUCCUCCGCCUCCGAGAGCGCCCGCUCCUGUCCCCCCAGGUACCGUCACGCAGGUGGAUGUCAGAAGCCGGGUAGCAGCGUGGUCUGCUUGGGCAGCUGAACAAGGCGACUUUGAGAAACCCAGGCAGUUCCACGAGCAUGAAGAGACAGCUGAAACUAUGGCAGCCAAGAUUGACAGAGAUGUUCAAAUCCUAAAUCAUAUUUUGGAUGACAUUGAAUAUUUUGUUACCAAACUUCAAAAAGCAGCAGAAGCCUUUGCAGAGCUUUCAAAAAGGAAGAAAACCAAGAAAAAUAAAAAGAAAGGACCAGGUGAGGGUGUCCUCACUCUCCGUGCAAAGCCUCCAUCUCCAGAUGAAUUUGUGGACUGUUUGCAGAAGUUUAAACAUGGAUUCAACCUUCUGGCGAAAUUAAAAGCACACAUCCAGAAUCCUAGCGCACCUGAAUUGAUUCAUUUUCUGUUUACUCCUUUAAACAUGGUGGUACAAGCAACAGGCGGCCCAGAACUUGCUAAUACGGUCCUCAGUCCCCUUUUAACAAAGGAUACCAUAGAUUUUUUACGCUAUACCGUUACAAGUGAAGAAGGGCAGCUAUGGAUGUCACUAGGUGACACGUGGACCAAAGCCAGAGCAGAGUGGCCCAAAGAACAGUUCAUCCCGCCCUAUGUGCCACGGUUCAGAAAUGGCUGGGAGCCUCCUUUGCUGAGCUUCCUGGGAGCUCCGAAGGAACAGGAGCUCAACCAGUUAGCAGAGUCUGUGGCCAACGUGGCCGAGCAGCAGCGGAAGCAAGAGAUGAAACGGUUAUCAACUGAGCAUUCCAGUGUCUCAGAUUAUCCUCCUCCUGAAGGGUAUGCAUUCAGUAACACAGCUUACAAAAGAGGGCCCCUGCCGGACCAGGGGACGGCCGUAGCUGCUUUUAAGCAAAGUGUUAGCCGACAUGUAGAUAGAAAUUAUGAAGCACAUAAAAACCCAUCCAAGAAAUAUGCCAAAACCAAAUACGACUUUGUCGGAAGAAACCAGAGUGAACUUUCUGUCUUGAAGGAUGAGAUUUUAGAGGUCCUUGAUGACAGGAAGCAAUGGUGGAAAGUCCAAAAUGCAAACGGAGUCACGGGAUUUGUGCCAAACAACAUCUUGGAGCCUCUCAGAACUCAGGAACCUGGUGCUGCGGAAAUACCUUAUACACAUACUAUACAGAAACAAAGGACAGACUUUAUUCCAAAGCAAUCUGACCCUGCGCCUGUUGCUCCUUCGCCACCCCAGACACCAAUUCCAGUUCCUCUUCCUCCCAGUAUCCCAGCGCCUAUCCCCAUUCCUGUGCCAAAGGUACCUGGAGCCAUCAGCCGCCAGAGCAGCACAUCAAGUGACGGCGGGCGAGACGCACAGAGACAAAGGCCUCCCCCUGUAGAUCGAAGGAAAUCUCAGAUGGAGGAAGUCCAGGAUGAACUCAUUCACCGGCUCACCAUAGGACGGAGUGCUGCCCAAAAGAAAUUCCAUGUGCCACGCUCCAAUGCCCAAGUAAUCAACGUCAGCUAUGAGUCCUCACCAGAAGAUGUGAAAAUGUGGCUACAGGCCAAAGGAUUCAACCCAGUGACUGUCAACAGCCUCGGAGUUUUGACUGGUGCUCAGCUGUUCUCUCUCAACAAAGAUGAAUUAAAAUCAGUGUGCCCUGAAGGAGCCCGGGUCUACAGCCAAAUUACUGUUCAGAAAGCUGCACUGGAGGCUACCAGUGGAAGUUCUGAAUUGCAAGAAAUCAUGAGGAGACGGCAAGAGAAACUCAGCGCAGCCGCAACAGACUCAGGAGUAGAGUCCUUUGAUGAGAGCAGUGGUCAUUAAAUGUCUUUUCUAUGUUUUGUUAUUGUUUUAAGAGUGUGUGUGAGAGAGUGAUCCCAUUGUUCUUGGCAUUAUUCCAUCGCACUAUGUUUUAGGAAGCCAUGAAAGGGAAAUGUCUGACUGGUUGUCGUUAUUUAUGUAGAUACAAAUUGAUGCCAUAAAGAAAGCAUGCAGUUGAGAUGUAAAAGGCAGGGAGGGUGAGGCAGGGCUACCUCUGCCCCAUUCUUCCCCCUUAAUUUAAAAGUAUAUUUAAGGCAGAAUUAUCCAGGAGUCUUAAUCCAGUCCUCCUGAGGCUGGUGUGUGAAAACAAUCAUUUCAUGAUUAUUAUUUUUUCUUUUGAGUGGGCAAGAGAAAUCCCACUACUGCUUUUGAGCCAUUCACAGACACUGAGCUGGCCGGUUAAAAACAUGCUGAAGUCUUCAGUCUGGUUGUGAACACAAAGGACAUGUGGAAUCUAUCCAAAGUAGUCCCAUGGAUUUGAAAGGGGAAUUUUGCAUAAUGCUUAACCCUCUGCCUUUGGGAAUCCAAAGGAGUUCACUGUGACCAGGGCUCCUUGUCAUUCCUUCCACCAGCAUGGUCCAUAUUGAGGACCUCUUUCCAGUGAAUGGGGCGGUGAAUUCACUCUGGCUUUGUGUGAGAACUUGAAAUGAGCUAUCCAAAGUGAUGAACUGAUUUGAGUGAUAUAGCUCAGUGCUAAGGAAACCUCUUUUCAUCUUGAAACUGAAACCUGAAGUUGGUUCACUAUCCUGCUUUACAUGGAAGGGCCAGAAACGGCUACACUUUCUCUCCUUUCCCAUUUUUCAGCACUUAGGGCCCAUCUACUUGGAUCAAAUCAAUCGACUUGGGAGUGAAUGGACUCCAAAGCAUCCACAUGGCGCAUGGAGUCCAUUAAACAUAAUAUGGCCUUCUCCCACUUCAAAAAAAAUCAUGGGAUGCUCCAGAGCUUCUCUGCGCUUUCCAGACUUAUUUAAAAGUUCCUAAUUGCCAAGAGGCUCCGUGGUUUUGAUAUCAUCCACAGCCCUGCUCUUAACAUAAGCACAGACUAAUUUCUUUGGACAGUAUCAUGAAAUGAUUUCUUAGUAGAAAUGUAGAUAGCAAAAUAAUUUAUUCUGAAUUCCAAUUUUAUUGCUGUUCCACUGAGAAUAAGCACAAAUCCAUAAAGCCACCAAACAUUGAAGCAAUAGCACAAAUGUCAGUUUUUAAAAGGAGGGAGAAAUCGGACCUUCUUUUGGGGAUAUCCAUGUGGUUAUUCACAGUAUUAUUUCUUACAAAUAUUGUCUUUUGUUUUCUGUUGGUUUUCUGCUUUAACUUCACCGGUCAAAAGGAAAGAGUAGCCCGAUUUUUGCAGGUGCAGACAGGAAUGGUGUUAUAAGUGUUUAAAAAUAUUUGAGAGAAUAAUUAAACCUUAAAUCUUUUAAACUAUGGCCAAGCCAAGCAUAGAAAAAAAAAUAACCCAAUAAGCAUAUUUAUCUUUUGGACUCAUGAUGAUUUCUUAUUUUCUCCACACAAAAUGUUCUAUUCUGUCAUUUGUAUAUAAAGGCAUCAAAACCCCAUCAUGUCGUUUAGGAUAAAUUAAUCAUCUAGUUUUAUUAAUUUUCAUGGUGCCUUUUUUUCACACAACUCGGCCGAUAGUCUGCAAUAAACACUAUUUGAUGUA